CGGGGCGGGGGCCGGGGCCGCGGCCGGACGCUCCAUCCCCGGCCCCGGUCCCGACCCCCGCCUCCCCGGCGGGGCGGGGACACGGCAAGCCCCGCCCCCUCAGGGCCCGCCUUGCCCCGCCCCGUCGGGCGGAAGGGGCGGGGCCAGGCGUGACGUGGCGGGAUGGCGGAGUCCUACGUGAAGCCGGGGAACCAGGAGCGUGGCUGGAACGACCCCCCCCAGUUCUCCUACGGGCUGCAGGCUCAGGCCGGGGGUCCCAGGCGAAACCUGCUCACCCGGCGGGCCCCUCUGCCACCCGAGGAGGCUCCCCCAGGUGCUCGUCCAGACCUGACCAGCGCCCCAGCUGCCCCCACCGCACCACCCCCCCGAGCACUGGGACCACCCCCCCUGGGGCCCGUCAGCCCAGCCCUGCGCGCAGAUGGCGGGAGGCCGAGCCCUGUGUCGUGCCCGAAGGAGAGUGGCCCGCAGGAGAGUGCUGUGCCCGCCACCACCGUCCUCGCCCCGCUGAGGGAGGCCCUGGCCGCCUGCCGCCCUGCCGUGCAGAAGCAAGUGUGCGAUGACAUCGGGCGGCGGCUGACAGUGCUGGAGGAUGCCUGGGCUCAGGGGAAGCUGUCAGCCCCGGUGAGAAAGAGGAUGAGCCUCCUGGUGCAAGAGCUCCAGCAACAGCACUGGGACGCAGCUGAUGAGAUCCACCGGUCACUCAUGGUGGACCAUGUCAACGAAGUGAGCCAGUGGCUGGUGGGUGUCAAACGCCUGAUCGCCGAGACGAGGAGCCUGCCGGCUGUGGUGACGGAUGGCAGCGCCGAGGCUGGGCCUGGCCAGGAGGAGCCCCAAGGCCAGGAACGGGGCUGUGGACUGUGAGCAGGGCAGGAAAAGGGCCCCCUGCCUGAGGGGAUCUGGGCACCUCUGCCUCCCAGUCCUCUCCCAGGAAAAGAUGAUUUUAAUAAUUGUGACAUUUUAGUGGCAAUUCACUAUGUUUAAUAAACAGCACGAUUCUGCUCCUG